AGCCUGUUUUGCUACCAAACCAUCUCAGAGUCUAUUGGAUGCCCCCCAAUUGAAAGAUGGGAGUGAUUCUCUAUCUGGACACAAUAUUGGUCCCCUUGAGCCUAUUCUUCACAAUAGGCUACCAUGCCUUCCUCUGGCACACCUUCAAGAACAAGCCCUUUCUAACCACCAUAGGCAUGGACACAUUCAUGAGGAGAGCAUGGUUGCAGGACAUGAAACAGGGUGAUGAUAAGAAGAGUGUGCUGGCAGUCCAAAGCUUGAGAAACACUUUAAUGACCACAAUACUCACUGCUUCAAUAGCAAUCACCAUAAACUUGUCACUAGCAGUUCUGGCCAACAACACCUACAAGGCAGGUCACCUCUUCACCAACAGACUUUUCGAUUCACAGGCUGGUGCCAUCCUUGUUCUGAAGUACGGCGCAGCAUCACUGUUCCUGUUGGUUAGCUUCCUGUGCAGCUCCAUUUCCAUCGGAUGCUUGACAGAUGCCAUUUUCUUGAUCAAUGCAUCGGCUGAUCAUGAGUUUUCUUCGCCUGGAUACACACAGACGAUACUGGAGCGAGGGUUCUUGUUGGCGGUUGUUGGUAGCCGAGUGCUUUGCAUCACUUUUACUCUGUUGCUGUGGAUGUUUGGCCCUGUGCCGGUUGCGUUGUCCUCUGUGGUACUGAUUUGGGGGCUGUAUGAGCUUGAUUUUUCUGGUGAGUUUGCCAAAAAUAGUAAGAAAGGUCUCGGUUGAAAACAAUAUUGGUUAUUGGCAAUCAAUUGUAAAUAUGCAUCAACUUCAUGGCUUCAAAAAUAAUAAACUAGUCUUUUUGUUCAGCAA